CAGUUGGGUGACUUUUUUUGUCGGGGUCCGUCAACCCAACUCAUCCAAGAAAAAGGCAAACAUUUUGACCCGUUCUUGCUGUCUGGGAGAGGGAAGAGCAGGAGAGACCAUGGCUCACGGGCAACUUUUUUGGGUACUUUUGUUGCAGAUUGUCCUUAUUUGCUCCACACAAAGGGCCUCGGGCCCCGUCGGCCCUCCAGGACCCGCAGGUGUCCCAGGAAUUGAUGGUGUCGCUGGUGAGAGGGGAGACGACGGAGAGGAUGGCCCUGCUGGUCCUGAUGGAGAUGCAGGUAAACUAGGCUCAGCCGGGUUGCCAGGUGUGCCCGGGGCUGAUGGUUUGACUGGUCCUACUGGAGACGAAGGUCCCGAUGGUCCCCUUGGACAGAAAGGUGAACCCGGGAAACCAGGACCUCGUGGACUAGCUGGCGUUGGAGACGAUGGACCCCCUGGACCCCCGGGGCCAGGAGGACUUCCAGGUGAUUUGGGCAAAGGUGGACCCCCUGGUGCUAUGGGAGUGAGAGGACCAACAGGACCUGGUGGAUCAGUAGGGCCGAGAGGUGCAGCAGGGAUGCAGGAUUUAAGUGCCGAGCUGUGCCCUGGUGCCUGUCCACCUGGGACACCUGGUCAUCCCGGCCUCCCUGGCAUGAAGGGUCACAAAGGAGUAAAAGGGGAAGGAGGAGAGCCUGGGAAACAAGGGCACAAGGGUGAAGAGGGUGACCAGGGAACCACAGGGGACCUCGGAUCCCAGGGCCCAACGGGUCCUCAGGGAAUCAGAGGCUCCACUGGAAUGAUGGGGCCCAAAGGUGGACUGGGAGCACGAGGACAUGAUGGAGAUCCAGGUCCCCAGGGUGUUGAAGGAGCCACUGGUGACCAAGGCCAGAGGGGCGUGAUGGGCGAGUUUGGUCCUAAAGGUGAUGAGGGAUCUCAAGGUGGAAGAGGAAUCACAGGUCUUCCUGGGCCCAAGGGAAAGGGUGGUUUGUCAGGAGUGGAUGGCCGUGAAGGUAUUCCUGGAUUGCCAGGUGGAAAGGGCACCAUUGGCAAGGCUGGGUCUCCAGGGGAGGUGGGGCUUCAGGGACUUCCUGGAUUACCUGGUUCUCCUGGCUCUAAAGGAACUGGUGGAGAGAAGGGUAGCUCUGGAGAGGCAGGUCUUCUUGGAACAAUAGGAUCUGCUGGUAAAACAGGAGAGCAAGGCAAGGCAGGAGGUCUAGGACCCGUUGGACCCAUUGGUGGACCGGGAGACAGCGGAGUACAAGGACCAGCCGGUCCACCGGGCAAACCAGGGGCCAGGGGACCUAAAGGAGAUCUUGGUCUUCCUGGUGUUCCUGGACCCCCAGGCCUCCCCGGAGUGAAGGGAGAGAGGGGAGAAGCUGGCGAGGGAGGACCUAAAGGAGAGCAGGGGGGACAAGGUUCUGAGGGAACCUCUGGAGACAAAGGAGAUGUUGGUGACCAAGGGGAAGCUGGACCCAAAGGAGUGGUUGGAAACCCAGGAGAGCCUGGCAACAGAGGGCCAGAGGGUAGCAGAGGGCAGCCUGGCAUCGAGGGCCCAGCUGGUACUUCUGGACCACGUGGCAUGCAGGGCAACAGGGGCGCACCAGGAAUCAGGGGGUCACAGGGACCGGCGGGUAAAGAACCAAGCGAUCAACACAUCAAACAAGUCUGCAUGAGAGUUAUGCAAGAGCAGCUAGCCCAGUUGGCUGCCAGUCUAAGGAGGCCGGAGUCUGGAGCAGCGGGCCUGCCUGGUAAGCCAGGGCCUCCUGGUCCUGCCGGACCCCCAGGGGACAGUGGCUUCCCUGGGCAGGCUGGAGCAAGAGGACUGCCUGGCCUCAAAGGACCUCCAGGACUCCUAGGACUCAAAGGACCCAAAGGUGAAUUGGGCGACAGAGGAGACCGAGGUCCCACGGUGCGAGGGGCCAAGGGCCAGCCAGGGCCUCCCGGUCUACCAGGUGUUCCUGGCCAGGCUGGUGUACCUGGGCCUCCUGGUAAUGCUGGCCCCAACGGCUACUGCGACCCAUCGUCCUGCAACCUCAGACCGGGGGACAUUGACACCAGCAUCAAGGGCCCGGAGGGAACUAGAAACUAG